AUGAGUACUAUUAGUUGGAACUGUCGUGGCUUGGGCAAUCCACGCACAGUUCGCGAAGCUGUGGACUUAGUGUCCAAGAAGAAGCCUGAUUUUCUUUUUCUUAUGGAGACCAAGGUUGCACGUACUCAUGCUGAGUGUUUACGUGUUAAGCUUGGUUUUGAAGAUCUUUUUUACAUUGACAGUGUUGGAUUGAGUGGUGGUUUAGCUUUGUUUUGGAGGAGGAAUUGUACGGCAAGGCUGUUGAGCUUUUCGAAGAAUCAUAUUGAUGUGGAGGUCACUAUUGCUAAUUCUGAGUGCUGGCGUAUGACGUGUUAUUAUGGUUUCCCAGAGCGAAAUAGAAGGAGUGAAUCAUGGGAGCUGCUUCGCUCUCUUGCAACGACUUCAGAUUUGCCUUGGGUGAUUAUUGGGGACUUUAAUGACCUUCUCUUUCAGCAUGAGAAAAGAGGAGGUAAUCCUCACCCAGAUGCUCUCCUUCGCGGUUUUGGAGAAACGGUAGAUGAUUGUGGUCUGUCUCAACUCCCGUUGAGAGGGUACCAGUUCACUUGGGAUAGAGGAAAGGGUACUAUGGAUUGGAUGGAAGAGAAGUUAGAUAAAGUUUUAGCUGAUCAUAGGUGGAGGGGGCUGCAGGAAGGGGCCGUCGUGGAAAACUUAUUGACUCGCACUUCUGAUCAUUCUGCUUUGUUCCUGAAACUUGCUAGUGCGGUUGUGCGUAGUAGUGGUGAACGUAGAGGUUUCAAGUUUGAGAUGGCUUGGCUACUCGAUGAGGGCUGCAAGGGUGUAGUAGAACAUGCCUGGCAGGAGGGGAGGCCCGGUGGUCUAUUACAUUGUUUACGCCACUGUGGAAAAAGGCUGCACCGAUGGGGUGGUGAUCGUUUCCAUAACUUUGGCAAGCAGCUGAAGCAGCUCCGUGACGCCCAGUAUAAACUCAGGGGCCUGCGAGAUCCUAUGUCUCUUGCUGAGUUUUCACGCAUUGAAAAUCACAUAGCCCAGUUUGAGGCUUAG